GGUUGUGUGGGGUUGGUUUUGGUUUUGGUUUUGGUUGGACUCUUGCCUCUGCUUCGACGACAAUAACUCCUAUCUCUCUUCUUUCUUUCCAUUAGUUUCUUCUUCGUUGAUGCGAUCAAAUAUUGUAUACUCCGUACAUCUAUGGAAGUUUGAUCUUUUUUGAUUUUAUACAACAAGGAGGAAGAGUAGAAAGAGAUUUGUGUUCAAUUAUUCAUACUAGGGCGUUGUUCAAUUAUUUUUGUUCGAUUUUGGUAUUUGAUUUGCUUCUGUGCGAUUUUCGGAUCUUAAUUUUGGUGUCCAAUUUCAGUAGUAUUCGUUGAGAGCAGGAAAUUUAGGGGGGGGGGGGGGGGGGGGGUGGGGUUUAGGGUUUGCAGAAUUGGGGUUGUUGUCGUUCUACAGUGAUUUGUUAGGGAUUUAAUUUUAACUCAAUGGCGUCAAAUCCUCCAUUUGAGUUGGAGGAUCAGACGGAUGAGGAUUUCUUUGAUAAGCUAGUAAACGACGACGAUGAUGAUGAUAUUAGCUCGAAAACCACUGGAUUGAUUAAUGCCAAUGUUUCAUUGGAUGGGAAUGAGUCUGAUGAAUUAAAAGCAUUUGCUGAUUUAAGCAUUGGUGAGAUAAGUAGUGGUAAUACUGGCUCGGAAACAAUGGGGGUGAAGGGAAGCAAUGAUAUUCUGCAGACGCAGAGUGUUGAACAGGUUGUUGACGGGGAGGCUAACUCUACAUUAGUAUCGUCAGAUAUGCCACUUUUGGAUAAUGGGCCUGUAUCGGAGGAUGGGGUUACGGCUUUUGAAGCUAAGUCAGAUUUGAGGAGCGAGGUUAGUUGUUCACCUACAAGUGGUGCUAAAGAGGUCCAAUGGAGUGCCAUCACUGAUUCAGCUAUGCACGGUAGUGGUGGGAUUGGAUUUUAUGAUGAUUUCUUUACUGAAAUAGGAGAAGGGGAAACGGGGAGUUUCCAGACUGAAGCUAACGCUGUGCCUGGAAAUGAAGAAAGCAAGAAUGCAGUUAUAGAGAAUUCACAUAGUAAUUUUGAGUAUCAAGGUAUAACUAGAGAUUCUACUGAACAACCUCUAAAUGGGGCAGAAACAAAUAGCAUUGAGUAUUGGGAAAGCCUUUACCCUGGAUGGAAGUAUGAUUCAAAUACUGCACAAUGGUAUCAGUUGCACAGUAGUGAUGGAAUUGCAAAUGGGCAGGAAAGCUUUGGUGUCCCUGCUGGAAAUAUACAAGGAACCUUUGAAGCAAGUGGAGACAGUAUAUGGACACCUUCUAAUGUCCAGUCAUCCCAAGUUUUUAACGCACAACAAACUGCUCAAACCGCUGUUGGAACUAUAAGUCAAUUAAGUAAAACUGAAAAUUCAACUGGCCAGAGUUAUGUUCUGCAACAGACUGGCGAAUAUCAGUAUCCAGUGCAUAUGAUUUUUGACCCUCAGUACCCUGGUUGGUAUUACGAUACAAUAGCUGAACAAUGGUGUUCAUUGGAAGCAUAUCAUGCAUCAAUUCAGUCAACAGAGGAGAAUUCUAAUCAGCCGACACAAAAUGGAUUCCUCUCCUCAACAGGUUAUUCUCAUGCUAGUAGUCAGGGAAUCAAUAAUGGUCUACAAGGUGCCAGAGGUGACGGCCUGGGAAAAAGUUUGGCUACAUCCUCUGUAAACUAUGACCAACAGGGUGCAAAUGCUCAGUAUGAGAUGGUGAGCAGGUCUGCUGCCAAUACUAGUGUGGUUCCAUCGUGGCAAAGCCCUAGUGAUUUCAAUAGUUUCACUAAUAGUCAAGUGAACCAGCAGACUUCCUUUGAUUCUACCAGAGGUUUUAACGAGAAAACAAGUCAGAGUAAUGAUAAUUCAAAUUGGGCUAGUGGUUUGAACAACUUUUCUGCUGACAAUGAUAUUCAGUUGUUUAAUCAUGCUCAACAAGUUAUGCAAAAUGGACAGCCAGCUCAAUACCCAACUGGUCAUUACACCAGUCAACAUGCAGCUACUGUUGCCCAACCUUUAUUUUCCAAUGGCCACCAUGUCUCUCGUUCACCAAGUGAGGGAAGGUCAUCUGCAGGUCGUCCUCCUCAUGCUUUAGUUACAUUUGGAUUUGGUGGGAAGCUUGUAGUAAUGAAAGAUAAUAAUGCUAGUGGGUUUUCAGCACUUGGGAGCAAGAGUGGCGAUGGAUGCUUCUUAUCUGUACUCAAUUUGAUGGAAGUUGUGAGUUCGAGCAAGGGUCCUUAUAGCACUGAGACAAGUGCUCAUAGCUAUUUCCAUUCUUUGUGUCACCAAUCCUUUCCUGGUCCUUUAGUUGGUGGAAAUGUGGGAAACAAAGAGUUGAAUAAAUGGAUUGAUGAGAGGAUAUCAAACUGCGAUUCUCUAGAAAUGAAUUACAGUAAAGGUCAAGGUUUGAAGUUGCUUCUUUCCUUGCUAAAAAUAGCUUGUCAACACUAUGGAAAAUUUCGUUCCUUUGGGGGAGAUUCAGGGCCGAAGGAAAAUGACCUUCCAGAAUCAGCAGUUGCCAAACUCUUUGCAUCUGCCAAGAGGAAUGAUGGCCAGUUCAAUGAUUAUAAGCCAAUUCCAAAGUGCUUGAUGACCUUACCUUCUGAAGCACACACUCAGACAACUGCUACCGAGGUACAAAACCUUCUGGUAUCAGGUAGAAAGAUGGAGGCUUUGCAACGAGCUCAAGAAGGCCAGUUCUGGGGGUUUGCUCUAGUUCUUGCCCGAGAACUUGGUGAUCAGCUUUAUGCUGAUACUGUGAAGCAAAUGGCAGUUAGCCAGCUAGUCGUUGGCUCACCUUUGAGAACUUUGUGCCUUUUGGUAGCUAGAAAACCAGAAGAGGUUUUCUCCAAUAACAUGAUGCCUUCUGAUGUGUAUGGAGCAGUACAGAUGUUGCCACAGCCUGUGCAGAAUGCAGGUUGUAGCAUGCUAGACAACUGGGAGGAGAAUUUGGCUGUAAUAACUGCAAAUAGAACAGAGAAUGAUGAGCUUGUGAUUAUCCAUCUGGGAGAUUGUCUACUGAAGGAAAGAAAUGAUGUUACUGCAGCACAUAUCUGCUACUUGGUCGCGGAGGCUAGUUUUGAGUUAUAUUCAGAUAGUGCACGAUUGUGUCUCAUUGGUGCAGACCAUUGGAACUUUCCAAGAACGUAUGCUAGUCCUGAGGCAAUUCAGAGAACAGAGCUUUUUGAAUAUGCAAAGGUUCUUGGGAACUCUCAGUUUUCUCUGCUUCAACUCCAGUCAUACAAACUUGUAUAUGCACACAUGCUGGCCGAGGUUGGAAGGAUUUCGGAUUCAUUGAAAUACUGUCAAGCUGUUUACAAAUCUCUCAAAAUUGGACGAUCACCGGAAGCAGAUACAUUGAAACAGUUAUUAUCAUCUCUUGAAGAGAGGAUUAGGACACACCAACAGAGUGGAUAUGCAGCUAACUUGGCUCCAGGAAAGAUAGUGGGUAAAUUGCUCAACUUUUUUGAUAGUACAGCUCAUCGCGUUGUUGGAGGUCUCCCGCCACCCGGUCCUUCAUCUUCAACAACACAAAGUAGUUUUCAAGGCAAUGAAAAUCAAUUUCAGGCACUGAGCCCUAUGGUAACAGGCAGUCAAUUAAACAUGGGUGUCUCAUCGCUCACGCCACCAGCAUCCUUGAAUAUAAUGAGCAGUCAAUCAAACAUGGGUAUGUCGUCAAUGACGCCAUCAGCAUCCAUGGAGCCCAUAAGCCAAUGGGCAGUAGAUGAAAGUAAAAUGACAUUGCAAAAUAGAAGCGCAUCCGAGCCAGAUAUUGGUAGAACUAGGCCGGAUCAGGUCGAUUCUUCGAAAGAAGCAACUUCUUCCAGCACAGUGGGAAAACAAUCUGGUUCGACAGGAACAUCUCGCUUUGGUCGUUUGAACUUUGGUGCUCAGAUCUUUCAAAAGACUGUUGGAUUGGUCUUAAAGCCUCUUCAAGGCCGCCAGGCUAAAUUGGGGGACACAAACAAAUUCUAUUACGACGAAAAGCUUAAGAGAUGGGUAGAGGAAGGUGCUGAACCAACUACUGAAGAAUCUGCUUUGCCACCACCACCAAUGACUGCAGCUUUCCAAAGUGGAAAAUCGGAUUAUAACUUGAAGAGUUCUUUAAAUGAUGGAUUGCAUGCCGUUAAUGGUAGUCCAGCAUCUACAAAUUCAACUCCUGAAAGCAGUCCUGGUAUACCAUCUACGUUGCCUAGCUCAAAUCAGUUUUCAGCACGCAGCCGGAUGGGUGUACGAUCCAGGUAUGUAGAUACUUUCAACAAGGGUGGCGGGGCUUCCACAAAUCUGUUCCAGGCACCGUCAGUUCCAUCAGUUCAACCACCUAAACUCACUGGCGCCAAGUUCUUCAUUCCCGCCGCAGCACCAGCAAAUGAACAAACUAUCGGCACAGAAGCUGGAACCAGAAAUGAAGUUUCUGAAAUUGGAGAAAAUCCUUCCAUGUCCAUGAAUGAUCCUUUCCAAAAUCUAACACCUUCACCCGUUGGAACAAUGCAGAGGUUUUCAAGUGUCGACACAAUAUCUAGUAAUGGUACAAUGGAAAGUGGGAAGGUUCCUCUUGUGCCCCAAUCUCGUCGUACAGCCUCAUGGAGUUCAAUUCAGAGUGACACGUAUACUCCACCUCCAAUAACUGAGAUGAAAGCUUCCCCGCUUUCGUUUAUCCCUAGUGAUCAACUGCCUGGUAAUCUGCACAUUGAUAAAGACAAUUCUGGGGAUGAUCUUCAGGAGGUUGAACUUUGAACUGAGGGUGCUGUACAUAUCAAGUUUUGUUUUGCAUCUUGUAAUCUAUACACCAUCAGGAAUUAUCGAGGCCAUAUCAAGCUAUUGAAGUGCAGCGAAGUGGAGCUUCAAGUUUUAGAUACAACUUUUCCUGUUUUUUUAAGACUCAUACCCUUGCCUUUCUGCAAAUAUGUCAGAAAAUGGAUAAGCUUAUUUUAUUGUAAUAUGAAUAGAAAUAGGAUGUUGUAGCCAUUUAGAUGGUAAUACCACAUAGCAAGAGAUAGGUUGGGGGGUUUUGGGGCACAUUGUACAGUUCCGUUUCGUUCGUUCAUUUAAUGUGUACUAUAUAAAUAAACAAUUGAAAUGGAUAGGGGAGGAAUGUCUCAAAUAAUUUGAGAUGUUAAGGCGAGUUUAAUAAUGGAAUCUAGUAAGUUUCCAAA